AUGAUACGUGAUUAUAUUCAAUUGAAUACCGCUUCUCAUACGUUCAAUCCAUCAAACAAUUCAUAUGAAAACUCUGAGGCUACGCUACUUGCUGAUAUACAUCGUGUACGACGCUAUUUCUAUUAUGUUACUGAUACAGAAAAAUUUCUUCCUUAUCUUGAUCGGCGUGCUGUUGAAUUGGCUAUUCGUGAAAUACGGUUAACAUAUGAUGAUGAUGGAAAUGUUCUCAGUAAUAUACAAGCUUAUUUAACAACAUUUUGUCUACGGAAUACUUUGGUGGAUGCGAAUGCACAUAAACAACAGCAUGCUGAAUGGACUAAAGAACGGGAUCAUUUAUUGGCACUUAAUAAGGAACGUCGUGAUCAAGUUAAUAAACUUGAGAAAGAAGCUAAAGCAGACAAAGAUAAAGUUGAAAUUUUUGAACGUGGUCUAAAAAAUACUAUUUCCAAAAAGAAAGAAAUUGAUGCUGAAGUUAAGGAUUUGAUUGAAGGAUCGGUCAGUGGUAAAAUUACCAAACAAGUAUUCGAUAAACACGAUGAAAGAAAACGAAAAGUAGAACAAAUUGAGAAAGAACUUAAAGAAGCUCAAAUUCGUCUUCAACAAGCGCAAACACAAUUGUCAGCACAUAGAGCGCCAAUUCGUGAAUUAGAAACCAAAAUAGCUGAAGAUGAUGAACGAAUUCGAAAUCUUGAUGCUAUUCUUAAAAUUGAUAUAGCUGAUGCACAACGAAAAUUAAACGUUAAAUAUGGACGUGGACUACUACUUUAUGGGCCACCAGGGACAGGUAAAUCUGAACUGCUGAAAAGAGCUGCCAUAUUUGCGGGUAUAACAAUGACGACAACUCCAUUGGCAGCUGGUGAACUUAAUCGACCGUACGUUGGCGAAACAGAAAGAUUACUUGUCGACAUUAUGUCUCGUUCAAAUACAAUACCUUAUCUAAUAUGUGCUAUGACAAUAGAUGAAAUAGAUGGACUCGUUCCUAAGCGUGACAAUAAUGCUCAACAAUCGAAAGUAGACGGAAUAAGUGUACUUCUUUCACAUAUUGAAGGAGUCAAAAAUAUACCAAAUUUAAUUGUAUUCGGUGCAACAAAUCGACGUAAUAUGAUGGAUGAAGCUUUUCUACGUCGAAUGCAAGCAAAAUGUUUUGUUGGUCGGCCAUCACCUCAAAUUCGAAAGAAAAUGCUUGAACCAUUAUUGUAUAAAGAUUCGAAAACAUUUACGGCAAGUCGUAUUGAUUUUCUUGUGAAAGUAGCGACCAAUUUUAGUGGUGCAGCAGUCAGUGCACUUAAAUCGAGUAUUAUUGUUGCCAUGGAACAAAAUUCGGGAACUCUAACUGAUAAGACUUUACUUGAAUUGGCUGACAAUGCAGCAAGAGAAUUUAGUUGUUGGUUUGGUAUUGGAACAUUACCAGAAAUUUGUCGUCUCUAUCCAAAUAUUGUUUCAUCGACAGAACAACAAGAAAAAUAUUCACUUAAAUUACCUAAUCUUUCACCAUCGGGUCGUAUCCUUGUUGAUUUACAAUAUCGAAAAUGUUUAAUUGAAUUAUCGAGUAAUGAUGCUACACUAGAAAAUGAUCUCAAUCCUGAAGAGACAUCAACAUUAACAUUACUUUCACGUUUUAUCAAUGGAUGUUCAAGUCGAAAUAUAGAUACCAUUCAAAUCAUUGACAUGAAUUUUCUUACUAAACAUAAUGCAUUUGAUGAAAAUCAAAUAUUCGAAUUGUUAACAACAACGUUUCUUGGUAAUUAUCAAAUGAUUGAAUUUAAAAUCGAUUUGUAUCGUCUCAGAAAUGCUUGUUUUGGAAGAGUUUCAUCGUAA